UUAAUUGCAGAAUCUACGCACGAGCGCUUGAGAAGGGACAUGGGCCUCUUCAGUGCAGUUGCGGUCGUUGUUGGCAGCUGCAUAGGUGCUGGAAUUUUCAUAACGCCUGGUAUUGUUUACGAGGACUCUGGAUCGGUGGGCGUCGACCUUUUGGUGUGGGUCACAGCUGGACUGGCAUCUCUCAUUCAUGGCCUCUGCUACGCCGAACUGGGUACGAUGCUACCAUCCGCUGGAGGGCCGCAUGAAUAUCUCAGAGUGGGCAUGGAGUCGCUGGGACGAACGGGGGACUUCCUCUCCUUCCUCUGCGCCUGGAGCUUUCUUGUGGUGGACCCAAUUGCAGUUACUAUACAGGGACUAACGUUCACAGCGUACGCCCUCAGUUUGCCUUAUGGCACCUGCUCGCCUCCUCACGCUGUGACCAUUCUGGUAACGGUGAUUGUUGUUGGUGAGUUGCCGUAGAGGGAAAGUAAUCCUCGCCCGUCUGAGUUCCGCGAUCAGAGGGCCUUCUUGUCCCCUGAAUCACUCUGCAGCACCUUGAACCACUGUGCACACAUUUGUUAAAGUGUACUGCAAUGG